AUGCCAAGAAUACAAGGAAUCGCAUUGGCUGGUGACGUCGCGCAGUUGGCCGCCAACGGUUCGAUGGUUCAGAUGGACUCUAACGACUUUUAUCAGGUGAUUCUGCAGCGCUUGCAGGUCGCCAGUGAGACGCAAGAAUGGGAAGAAGACUUCCGCGCACUAUUCCAGCUCGACAGACAAGAGAACGGCCGAUCUGGUCCUCAAAUCCUGAAGAUCAAACUUGCCAUCUUCCAAAUGAAAAAGUCGGAAAAGAAAGACAAAAAAGGCAAUCCGCAGCCUGCUACGGAACACAAGAUCAACCACCGCAUGGCUCACCCCAACAUACUCGACCUAACUCAAUAUCAAGAGAAUGCUCAUCUUCCCCUCCGCUACCGGCUAUCUAGUGUCAUCUCACACUCCGGCGAAGGCACAGAGAGCGCAGGUGGACACUACAUCGCGAGUGUUCGCGGCCCAGGCGGCCGUAUCACUUGCAUCUCUGAUUCUGUGACAGAGACUUUUACACAGGAUCAAUUCGAGGCAAGCCCACAGGUGGCGGGAAUAUCUCCCCCAGCAAAGGAGGUUUAUGUACUCACCUAUCUGAGGGAUGACGGGAGGUUGCAACGGGAGAUGAAAAAUCUCGAGUCGACGUUGAAUUGA